AUGUCAAAGAUUGCGAAUCUUGAUUUCAGUGCUUUGAAAAGCAAUGGUGACAACUACCUGGAAUGGGCGCUUGAUGCAAAGAUCAUGCUGCGAUCAAAAGAUCUUGGUGACACAAUCACCAAAGACAACAAUUCCAGUGACAAAGACAAGUAUAGAGCUAUCUACAUGAUACGCCACCAUCUCCAAGAGAACUUGAAAACUCAGUACAUGACCAUGGAAAAUCCAUAUGACCUUUGGAUCGCUUUACAGCGAAGAUAUGACCACCAGAAAACGGUGUUGCUUCCAAAGGCUCAAUAUGAUUGGAAACACAUAAGGUUCUUGGACUACAAAUCAGUAGACGAGUAA